GCGUCAUAUCAAUUUUCCAGUUGGGCGGAUGAAGAUUAAAUGCCGUUAUUGUAAUACGACUGUGCAGACGAGGAAGGAAUAUUCAAAACAUCUUGAAAUGCACGAGAAAUAUAACUUCACUUGCCCCGAAUGUGGCAAAACAUUCUAUUCCUCAAGGGGAUUUCGACACCAUGAAGAUGUGCAUCAACCUAAAUCUCAAUGUGAAAUUUGUAACAACUCCUUUUCUUAUAAAACUACACUACAGCAACACAGGCGACUACAACACGGAAUUACGGGUUAG